UAAACAUUUUGGUUUUAACAAAAAAAAAAUCUUACUACAUUUUUUUUUGUGGUUCCUUUUUUUCUUAUCCAAGCCAUUGUAAGCUUCAAUCUUCCACAGUCUCUCUUCUCAUCCAUCUUCACUAUUCUUACAUUAACACACACACACACACACACACAUAUAUCUCUGUUUCUAUUUAACUAGUCAUUAAGAUUUCUUGUGCAGAAAAAGGCGAAGAAAAUGGAGAUUUUUGGAAAAUUGUUAAUGUCAUUGAGUCUUAUGAUGAUGGUGAUGUGGAAGUGUGUAGAUGGUUACAGUAGUGGUUGGGUCAGUGCUCGAGCCACAUUCUAUGGAGGUGCUGAUGCUUCUGGCACCAUGGGCGGCGCGUGUGGCUACGGGAAUUUAUACAGUCAAGGUUAUGGCACGAACACGGCGGCGCUAAGUACGGCUCUGUUCAACGGCGGCCAAAGUUGCGGCGCUUGUUUUCAGAUAAAAUGUGUAAACGAUCCAAAAUGGUGUCUUGGAGGAACAAUCACGGUCACCGGAACAAACUUUUGUCCGCCGAACUUUGCUCAGGCCAACAACGCCGGAGGUUGGUGUAAUCCUCCGCAACAUCACUUCGAUUUGGCUCAGCCCAUCUUUCUCCGCAUCGCUAAAUACAAAGCCGGCGUCGUCCCUGUCCAAUACCGGCGAGUGGCUUGCCGGAGAAAGGGAGGGAUGCGAUUCACGAUCAACGGACACUCAUACUUCAACCUCGUACUCGUAACUAACGUCGCCGGCGCCGGAGAUGUUGUCUCCGUCUCUAUUAAAGGAACAAGGACAGGUUGGCAAAGCAUGUCGAGAAACUGGGGACAGAACUGGCAAAGCAACGCGAAUCUCGACGGUCAAGCUCUCUCCUUCAAAGUAACAACCAGCGAUGGCCGCACAGUCGUCUCCAAUAACGCUACUCCUCGUAACUGGAGCUUCGGACAGACUUAUACCGGCAAACAGUUCCGGUCUCAGAGGUGAUGACGUGGACUGAACACUAUUAUGGAGAGAAAGAAAAAGUUUUUACUUUAUUUUACUGAUUUUGGAAUUUUAUAGAGUUUGAUUAGUUUGGAAAAGUUUCGGAAUUUACCUAAUUAACCAAAACUGAAGAAACUUAAUUAAAUAA